CUUUCGAAUCAAUUUGUUAUGUGACAUUUGUAUGCAUAAAAUAAUUAAAAGAGUCAGAUGCACGUUCAAUUUUAGUGUUUCAUCAUUUCAGUUAAUUUAAACGGUUUAAAUGUUAUUUCGUGGAUGAAGAUUAAAAAAGCAACCCUCUGUUUGCCAUAUAUUUUCAGACUAUCCACGUCAUGUGCUACUUUGCACAAAGUAAUAGAUGAUGUCUCAGCAGCACUAGGAUUGUUUACGGAGCCAGAAAUCCGUACUUUUUUUAUUACUUGUCAAAUUUAUUUCGCUUCAGUGAUUCAACAAGUAAUUUGCUGAAAGACCACCUACAUCUGAUGACAUACCUAUAUAUGGACAGAAGUCUUAGUUUUUUGCUAAGUCUGAUAAUUAGGAGGAUUAUUUAUGGGUGAAGGAUUUUCCUUAAAAUGAGAGGCUCAGAUUUUUAAUUACAUCCAUAUUUCUGAUGCAUGAACUGUCGAAGAUUGUCGAAACUUCAAUUUACUGCAUACUAUGGCUUGUAAGUCAAGCUGGAUAUCAACCUGCUUUGAUAAGAAUGAAUCAAAUAAAAUGAGUGACAUUGACAGCCAACGAAAGCUGCCACACAGAGAUGGGGUUCAAAGAUUUAAUGGCAGUUUUACAAAAGAAAAAGUGAUGACAAAAGAUUGGUUGAAAGAGUUUGCUCCGAAGACUCCAUCUGAUCUUCUUGUUUCAAAACCCAAAUUGGAUCAGUUAAACUCAUGGCUGCAGAAAGCAAGUAAAACAGUUGGAGAGGCUUCCAUGCUACUAAUUACUGGGCCACCAGGAGUAGGCAAGAGUACAGCUUUAGAAGUACUUACUGCCAUGAAAAAUAUUCAGUUAGUUGAAUGGGAGUCAUCAGUGGACAUAGAUAAUUCAGAAUUGGCUGGCUCCAGAAAUUCUACACAGUCUCAGGCAGGCAAGUUUGAAGCAUUCCUUAUGAACAGUGGUAGAUAUAUUUCAGUUUUGGAAAUCAGAGAGGGAAUGAAGAAAUUAAUUCUAGUGAGGGAAUUUCCUAAUAUAUUGAUACUUCAUCCAAACCUGUUACAAGAUAUCCUAAGGAGAUACCAUGUCAUGGGUAGAAUACCAAUUGUGUUUUCAUUACCAGAACAAACAGAAGGAAGUGGAGGAAUGUUUCCAAAGCAAUUUCUAGAAGAACUAAAUAUUCACCAGAUAAGUUUCAAUAAAGUGUCUGACAAGUCAGUUAUGAAAGCCCUGAAGAGGAUUUGUAUGUUGAAUACAGGCUGUGAUGUUCCUUCUGCUGAAGUUCUAGAGAAAAUUGUUGGAAGUGUUCAUGGUGACAUUAGAAGUGCUGUAUUACAGCUCUAUUACGAGUGUAUGCAAAAUAAAAGUAGAACCAGAGAACAACAUAGUGCACUCUCAACUGAACAAGCAUCCCAUAAAAAGAGGAAUCAUAUAACCAAGCCUUCCACAUUACCAGUAGGAAGUAGUCGAAAAAAUUCUGUUAAUGUAUGUAAGAAACAGCUCCCUGCAAAUAAAACAUCCCAGGAAUUGGAAUCUGUUGGUAAAGACAUACAGCUACCUAUUUUCCAACGAGUUGGAAGGUUGCUGUAUCCAAAAAAAUCAGAAGAAGAUGCUGAAUUCCUGGCACAUGAUCCUGAGGAUAUAGUUGCUCAGACACUCUCCCAUCCUAGAAAAUUGUUUCAUAUGGUACUUGAAAAUUACUUGAAAGUUUUCAGAGAUAUGAAUGAUUCAUGUCGUGCCAUUCGUUAUGCUAGUGACUCUGAUACCAUGAUGUCAGAGUUUCAAGAGAGAGAAUUGACCUUACCAAUGGCACUGUCAACAAUGACAAGAGGGUUUAUGACAUGCAAAUCACUAGUGAAAAGGAAGUGGACUCCCUUAACAAACCAGGAAUAUUUUACAGUAAUACAGAGGACUAGAGCUGUGAGAGAAAAAAUAAUAGAUAUAGAUCCAAGGUACAUAUUGGUGCCCCGGGAUGCUGCUAUGGACAUUCUUCCCAUUAUAUAUACUGGAUUGUCCUCACGAUUAGAUUCAUAUCCAUACACAAAUAAAAUUUGUGACAUCUCAGGUAUUGAAGCUGAACUGACUGGCCAAGCUGAGGGAAGGAGCAACUUACAGCCAGCUCUUUUUACAGUAACAGAUUCAACUUCAGAAAUUAAGGUUUCAUCAAGGAAAAUGUUAAUGGUGGGGAAAUCAUGGGAAAAGAACAUGAAGGAUGAAGAAAGAAUGACAGGAACACCUUAUGAGAUACAGGAGUCUGAAAGCGAUGAUGAAAAUAAGAUUUCUGAAGAACAUGUUGAUGCUUGGAUUGAGGAUGACAUUGACUUUCUUGACAAUUUCCAUCACUUCUAGGCCAUUUUAUAGGAGGACUUCACAAAUUGAAGGACAUUGAAUCUUCAGUCAAGAGCCAUGGCACAAAUUUUUCUGAGAAACAUUGCAUCCCUAAAUCUUCUGUUAAAAUUGUGUGAUGUGAGCCAGUGGAUAUUUCAGUCUUUUCUGCUAUUUCAUGUACAGUCAGUUGGUGACUGGUGUUGAUGAUGUUUUUCACUUAUGCAGUCAAAGAAUUAUUUCUCAAAGUUUAAGGUCAAUUUGACUUCUCAUUGUCUUCUGUUUGGAAAUAUGCACCGCUCAUAGGUAAUCAUUUUACUUAAAACCUAAUUGCCAUAAGAUCUAAGUAUUCUUUUGGUUUCUACAGCUGUUUUACCUAGUUUGACAUAAAAUUUGAGGCAUGAUUAUUGCUCCUUUAUAGACAUCAUAUCACAAUGCAAGAAAAGCAAAACCACACACUCAUGCAAAUGGUUAUAACAAUAUAGAAGUCAUCCAAGCUCUUGAGAAAGAAUUGCUACAUGUAGGUUAUAAUAAUCACUAUCAGUCAUUGCAUGCCCAUCCACAUGUGCAUGACUGGGGUCUUCCCGGUCGGAACUUUUGGAAUGAACCUUGUAAUACAUUAUUAAUGUUUGGCUUUGGCUGUGAUCAGGAAUACUUAUAUAUUCACUAAAUAUAGGAUUUCACUGUUUUCAGAAUUGGCAAAGUCUUGAACUUUAUGUCCUUUGUAUGGCUAAGUUUUGAGAUAUUCUGCAAGUGGUCUGUAUGCCAUGAAAGAUAAACUCUAAACUUGUAACUACUAAUCAUAUUAUGGCAAGUAAAAUAUCCCUCCAGUGUGAUGAA